AUGGCUACCGAUGCACUUGAGGCACGCCGCCUGCAGCGCGAAACUCACCACGAGGCCGAUGUCGUUGUCGUCGGUGCCGGCGUCUUUGGCUGCGCCGCCGCCUACGCUCUCGCCGAGCAGGGUCGCUCCGUGUUGCUCCUCGAGCGCUGGAUGCGCGAGCCCGACCGUAUUGUCGGCGAACUGCUGCAGCCGGGCGGAAUCCAGGCCCUAAAAAAGCUCGGCCUCGGCCACUGCGUUGACAAUAUCGACAGCAUUACCUGCCGCGGCUACAACGUUAUCUAUCAGGGGUCCGACGUCCUCAUCCCCUACCCAACAAUGGACGACCACGGCGGGGUCCCCCACCAGUGGUCCGGCGCUGGGAAAGAGGGCAAGCGCGAGAUUGGAAAGGGAUUUCACCACGGGCGCUUCGUGAUGCAGCUGCGCGAAACGUGCCUCGCGCACCCCAACAUCACCGUUCGCGAGACUGAAGUGAUCAAGAUGGUGCGUGGCGAGCACUCGGAUCAUGUCCUCGGCGUCGAGACGCGCACGACGGAUCACGAAACGAAGAAGAAGACGGCCGACUACUUUUUCGGCCAACUCACCAUCAUUGCCGACGGCUACGACUCUAAGUUCCGUAAAGAAGUCACUGACACACAGCCAGUCGCGCGCUCCAAGUUCUAUGCGCUCGAACUCAAGGACGCCGACCUUCCCGCGCCCGGCUACGGCCAUGUCAUUAUCGGCGACGCCUCUCCCACUCUGCUGUACCAGAUUGGCACGCACGAGACGCGCGCGCUGUUUGACGUUCCGCACGGCAUCCCCGAGGCCGCUCCCGCGGCUGGCGGCGUCCGCAACUACCUCGCAAACCACGCCAUUCCCGCGCUGCCCGCGUCGGUGCGGCCUGCCGCCCUCGCGGCCCUCGAGGACGGCAAGCUCCGCAGUAUGCCCAACAGCUGGCUGCCACCCACGCGGCAGGUGCCCCGCGGCAUGGUCGUCCUCGGCGACGCCACUAACAUGCGGCACCCGCUCACCGGCGCCGGCAUGACGGUCGCCUUCAACGACGCGGUCCUCCUCGCGGAGCUCCUCCACCCGAACCGCGUGCCCAACCUCGCCGACGACAAGGCCGUCCAAGCCGCGCUCAGCGCGCUCUACUGGCGCCGCAAAAACUACACCGCCAUUCUCAACGUUCUCGCACAGGCCCUCUAUGCGCUCUUCGCCGCAAACGAUCCCCAGCUGCACGCCCUCCGCAUGGGCUGCUUCGAGUACUUUCGGCGCGGCCACACCGACGGGCCCUGCGGCCUGCUCGGCGGCAUCAUUCACCGGCCCGUCGUCCUCGCCUACCACUUCUUCUCCGUCGCCUUUCUCGGCAUCUGGAUGCACGUCCUCGAGACUGUCACCAGCGGGCCGGGACCGCUCGGCGUGCUAAAGUUGCCGCUGGCCCUCAUCGACGCCGUCCUGAUCCUGGCAAAGGCGUGCGUGGUAUUUCUACCGCUGAUUUGGAGAGAAGGGUUCCGGUGA